AUGUCGUAUCCAGUGCCGCCUCAACUGAGUACACCGGCAGAGACUAUAUAUCAAAACUUGAAGAAUCGUAUAAUCCCGGAUUUGAAGGUUGAUCAUCUAAGGACCCUUCUCAGAUACAUUAAUACCAAAACAACGGGCAACAAACCUGCACUACUUGAACGACUUCAUGUCUAUGUGGACACACAUCGCUAUAAUCUCAACGUACUAGAAGGCAUACGGAAUGAAGCUUCAGGGCUCUUGAGACCCCCUCAAAGGGCUCAAGCUCCUCCUCAACCAAGACCCAACGCUGGUGUUGCAUUCGCACAAGGUGCAGGUCCGUCAAGACCGCAGCCCACUCAUCCAGGAAUGCAUAUGCCUGGAUUCCAACUUCAACAAGCACAGCUUACACCAACAUCUGCUACUAUGUAUCAGGCGUAUAGAUAUCGUGUCUCUCCAUUCUACGAUCUGGUGGAACGUAUCGGCCAGCCAAAGGUGCAAGAUACACGAAGCCUGCAGAACCCGUUUCGUAUUGAUUUUGUCCUCAGUAACGAAAUGGCCGAACGAAUCAGACGGUCAUUAGCUCAACCUACACCCGAUUACGCCUUAUAUCUGUUUGUCGGUCCGUGUGAUCUUCCACCUGCUUUUUUGCAUAUGGCAAAUCAACCUUCUACAGCUUCAAUCCCUAUCGAGUAUCCGCCAGAUUCAUCGGUUUAUUGUAAUGCAACAUUAGUACCUGGCAAACAUACUGGAAUGAAGAAGAGGCUGAAUACAGCUACUCCUGCUGAUAUUACUAGAUUGGUGAACUUGGGGCAGACUGUUUAUAACAAGGUUGAAAUACGGUACAAGCCUGGAGAGAAGCGAUACAUUGCAAUGGUCCAACUGGUCAGAAAGAUCUCGCUAGAAGAGAUUACCAAGAGAAUUAGGGACAAUCAUUUUGCCACGAAAGAACAAGUCCUCGAAUCAAGACGUGUGGCACAAGGACACGAAGAUGACGACGUUAUUGCAACUGCAGACGUUGUCAAUCUGAAGGAUGCCGUGUCCAGAUUUCGUAUAAGAACUCCUAUUCGAUCAUCCCUCUGCAAGCACGUUCAGUGCUUUGACUCUGACACCUUUUUCAGCAUGAACGAGACACUUCCAACUUGGAAUUGCCCAGUUUGUGCAAGGGUUUUGGUCCCAGAUCAGCUUAUAUGUGAUGGGUUCUUUCAAGAUAUUUUAGACAAGACCAAUGCUGAUGUUGAAAGUGUUGAAGUGCAGCCUGAUGGAGUAUGGGCUCUGAAGGCCGAAGUUGAUAGAGGUCGUAGUAGUUCUUCUGAUGUACCCACGAAACGUGAAGAUCGAGCAUUGGAAGCUAUUAUGCUUGACUCUGAAUCUGACGAUGAAGGGAAUCCACCGCCUCCUCCCAAUCGAAACACCAGUAGUGGAAGUCAUGCGGGCAGCAGUGUAAAUAGUAAUAAUCAUAGCAGCAAUGUACGACCAUUUUCAAUCUUUACUGGUGGUGGUAGUGCCUCAAACAGUGCUUCGGGUAGUCCAAAUGGAAGACCAAUUGUCAAUGGAAUCAAUAACUUUAAUAUGAUUCGAAUGAGUGGAGCGAAUGGAAUGGUUAUGCCACGGCCAAUUAUGAAUGGGGUAAAUGGAAUGGUUGUUACUAUGGCUCCUGGUAAUUUCAGACCACAAAUGCCAACACAUUUGCCAGCAUCGACUCCACCACGAGCAGUAGUACCAGCCAAACGUCCAGUAGAAGUUAUUGAUUUGACAUUCAGUGACGAUGACGACGAUGAGGAGGAUGAUGAUGAGAGUCCUGCCCCUCCACCAUCUCGUAUGUCAAAUGUAAUGUCAAAUCCUAUGCCAACUGCCGUGCCAACUACCGUGCCAACUACCAUGGCAACUUCCAUGUCAAAUCCAAGUUUUCCAAUAAUACGUUUAGGUCCGCCUAGACCAGCGCCACCAGUCUCGGUUGAUACUUUUAUGGCCACUAUGGCUGAAUCUGCACGAUUACCCGCUUUAGCAUCACAACCUGACUAUACACGAGUGCCUGCACUAAGACCCAUGGCCCCGGUUGUAGUAUCGAGUCUUCCUGCUGCUACAACACAACAGGUUCUCCCUCAACAAUAUCAACAGCAAUCACAACCACAGCGACAGCAGCAGAUUCCACAACAUAAAACUUUGCUUCCGCAACAGUCAGAACAACAGCAAACACUACAACAGCAGAUAUCACAGCAGAUAGCACAUCAACAACCUGGAUUCGGUGCUCUACGAAAUCAAUUCCCACUACCUGUCUCUUCAAAUCUACCACCUUCAACAAACGCUACAUCUCAACCACCCGUGAAUAGUGUUGCUCCCGCCGUAACUUCAUAUAGUAAUUCAUCAACUCCGACAAGUAGUGGACGAGUAGUAUCAGGCGUAUCGCCAAACAUCGCUGGUGUUUAUUAUCCAGGAGCACUAGAUAGUCCAGUGCCACUUCAGAGACCUGCAAGCCAAGGCAACUUAAGCAGUCUAGGUCUGAGUAAUUUGAGCCAAAACAGUAUCAAUAUGCACAAUGCCAAUCAAAGUGAUCAGAUGAGCCCCACUCAGAAUAAGCCAAUAGAUCUCAGUAACCCUGCAGGAGCUAAGUUUGGACAACUAUCCACUCAGUCAGCUUCGGGUGAUGCAUCGCCUGCCUUGUCCUCUGGUGGAACCAUUAAGGCCGUAUCGCCAACAUCCUCUGUAGGAGCAGCAACCUCGACCGCAGAACCAAGUCCGACAUCAACUGGAUUGAAUGUGUCGCUUCAACAAUUUAGUGCUCCAGUCAACAUUGCUAGUACUAUACCCGUGUCAAACAUUACAACUUCUCUACCACAAACAGCAGCAGCACCGUUGAAUAGUAAUCUGCUGCAAGGCGGAAGUAGUGAGUCAAUGGAACCUGCAGCUGGAAGUGGGAGUAAUAGCAGUAGCAGCAGUGCUAGCACCAAUAAUAUAGAUAGUGCUCGAACAGCCAAUACUUUAAAUAGCUAUCAAACAACUGGUACAACAAACUCUGUAAAUAUGCAAUCUCCGAGGGAAACAGCUCUACUACAACAGCUCUUUAUGUCGUAUGUAAACUCGAAUGGAGGACAUGGUAUGAUAUCGCCCUCAUCAAUGAAUUUGUCUUCUAACACGAUGGGCGUGUCGGCUCCACCAGCAAGCACAGUGCCUACCAUUUGUAGUAGUAAUACCUUGCCUGCUGUCGCUCCCACCAUCACUACAACAACCAUAGGCCUUCCACCAUAUACAGCUCCAUCCCCAACGUCAGCAACAGCUUUACCAAAUGGUAAUAGUACGCAGUCAACAUCGGUACAACAAUCGCAACCAUUUGGAGAGCCUCAGCGUCAAUAUCCACUAAACAGACCUUCAUUUGCUGAGUCCACAAGCAACCUCCUAUCCUCCUUAUGGACGUCGGCUCCUGCAAGAAAAACAACAGGGAGAUCGAGUUUUUAUAGUGUACCGACCAAUGGAACAGCUCUCUCACUGCCAGCGCAACAGACAAUGCAGCAACAACAGCAGACAGCAUUACUUUCCGAACAACCUCAACAACAGCAGCAACAGCCAUCUGGGUUUGGUGAUGGUGAAAGUCUCGCAGAUGGUCCUCGCAUAGUCAAUUCACAUCAACGAAGAUCAGGAGAGUAUAGUGGUGCUGGGUUUGAAGCCUCUAUGGGACAACGCCAGAAUGAUUCUUCCACAGCCUCUGACAACAACCCUUGGAAACGCAAGCAACCAGAUGAUGAUUACAUAGAUAAGUACGCACUAUGGGGAAACCAUAGCAACAACAAGCGUCAAAAAUGA